AUGAACAACGAUACCGCUGCUGACGGAUGUCGCUCAUCUGGUAUCUUGUCUGCAAGUACCUCGCCUCCUCCAUUGUCUCAAGGUCACCUUAAUCAAACCUCCGCGGGCCAUGGAUCAACCCCACAACCUCAAUCUUCUUCUGCUCACCAUGAUCAUCAUAAUCAUCAUCAAAGCUCACAUCCUGCUACCUCUAAUUCUCCCAAUUCUUCUGCAGGAUCAUCUUCAUCUUCAACUGCAGUAUCAUCUAAUCUUCAUAAAUCUUCUUCUGGCUCUCAUAUCCGACCAAAAUACAAUGAUUAUGGAUGCUCAAGAUCUUCAGGACCAGUGCCUGCAAUCAUUGGUGCCCAUCAACCUUUGCAAUCCCACUUGCAUCAUCAUCAACAACAACAUCAAACUUUAUCAAUGGCAGCAGCAGCAGCAGCUGCAGCAGCUGCUGCUUCAUCUGCUGGUUCAGCUUUCUCCCCUUCUUCUUCAUCUUCUCCAUUUUAUAACUACCCCUAUUCCGCUCCUCCACCCUUGUCCUAUCACAGUAGCCAUGCCCAUCAUCAAAACCCUCAUUUCUACCAGUCAUCACCAUCCCCAGGCCCAGAUGAAUACUGGCCAACAACUUCCCAUCUAACUGCUUCCUUUGCAGAUUCCCCCCGUCUCGUCCAUACUUGGCGCUGUCCUAACUCUGUUCUUUCUCUCAUCACAACAAAAGACUGGAUCAUUGCUGGAUGUGGAGACGGCCACAUUUUAAUCUUUUCCAAAGAAGAUUUUGUAACAGUUGCCGUGCUCCCAGGCCAUCGUCCAGCUGCCAAAAAAUCACAAAAUCAACAAGAUCAUCAUCAACAACAACAACAACAACAACAGCAACAAUCACAGCAACAACAACAGGAUACCCCCUCAGAUUCAUCUAAAAAGGACGUCUCCGGCUCUUCCGUUUAUUCCCUAGCCGUGACUCCCGAUGAACGGUUCCUUUUUUCCGGAGGUGCUGACUCUCUCGUCAAGGUCUGGGACCUUGAAACCCUUACUGAAAUCUACACAAUCUAUUCGAUUCACGACAUUGGUGAUAUCUUCUCCGUUGCUUGGAUCCCCAAACAUGAAGUUCUGGCUCUUGGCUCCCAAAAUGCAUCCAUUCAAUGGAUCCAACUCUAUGAUAAAACCUCUUACACAGUCACCCAAGAUCCAUCGGGUCUCCCAUCUCUUCGAUUCGACAGGUUCUUCGACUCAAAGGGCCCAGGUGGCAAAAUGGCCCCCCAGCAACACGCUAAAACAAUACUUGUUGCUGAAUCCGAUGCCCGCAGACGCAUGUCACUUGACGAUAGUCAAGACCCUAAUGAUGACUCUACUUUUGCACUUCUCGAAAUCCCCCCGAAAAAUGUCAUCCAAUACGCUCACUAUGGUUACGUUUAUACCCUUUUAGUUGUCAACAGGAAACUUGGCCACUACUCACUGUCCUCUGUUUCAGACGAAACUGACGAAUUCCUCGUUUCUGGAGGCGGUGAUGGUACUGUCAAGUUUUGGGCUUUCCAAAAAGUCCCAGGAACUUUCCAGCAAAUUUAUUCCCUCGAUACUGAAUCCUGUGUUUUUUCAAUGAUCUACUAUGAUAACUUUCUCUAUCUCGGUCUUACUGAUGGUCAGGUCGGUCUCUAUGACAUGGACACUAACCAAGUUGUCCGCGUAGACAAGGUUGCCGAUGAAGGUGAUGUCAUGACCAUGUCACUCUACGGAGACUGUCUCUUCCGUGGUGGAUCUGCUCGCGAAGAUAAGUCUACUGGAACUCCAUCAACCUCUUCCUCUACAUUCUCCACCAGUGGUCUCAUCCGCAAAUGGGACUCUAAACGCUAUGUCCGUGCUGAAUGGCUUGCCCACCAUGGCAUUGUUCUUGCAACCGCCAUCACUGAUUUUAGUCUUGCUCGCAAAGUUCUUGUAACUGGUGGCAAUGACAAUACUGUAUCCAUGUGGGAUAUCACCUCCAUGCUUGACCAGCAUGCCCUUGCUUCUCAGAUCAAUACCGCAAACGUUUUGCACCAACAAUUUGCCGACCAGCUUUCAAUCUCUUCAACUUCUGCAUUUGCUUCCCAACAAAUCUCCGCUGGGCCUCAAUCUGCUUCUACGGCUACAAAACAAGUCGCUACGCUUACUACUGACCACAUGCUGCGCACCCUCCGUGACUUUGUUGCAUACAAAACUGUCAGUGGUCACGAUGGCAUCUACGCUAAUGAUUGUCGCCGGUGUGCUAUUUUCCUUCGCAGUCUUAUGCGCCACUUUGGUGCAGAUGCUCAUCUUAUUCCUGUUGAAGACGGGAACCCAAUUGUGGUGGGAAUUUUCCAUGGAAACAAUUCCGCAGAUAAAAUAAAUAAGUCUAAGGAAACUGUUUCUGCUUUCCGUUCUUCUUCUGCUUCUGAAAAGGAACCUUCUACUCCUGAAACUCCACAAGAACAACCUUCACGCAUCUUGUUUUACGGUCACUACGAUGUGAUCAUUGCAGACAAGCUUACCGACCAGUGGGAAACAGAACCAUUUAACAUGACGGCUCUUGAUGGAUACCUUUAUGGCCGCGGUGUUUCUGAUAAUAAGGGUCCCGUACUUGCUGCUAUUUUCGCUGUUGCCGAGCUUGUCCAACGCAGCGAACUUGAAAACGAUAUUGUUUUUGUCAUUGAGGGUGAAGAAGAAUGCGGCAGCAGAGGUUUCCAAGAAGCAAUUCGUGGGGCUAAGGACUUGAUUUCAGGUACCACGGCUGAAUCAUCUCCUGGUAUUGACUGGGUCCUUCUUUCCAACUCUUACUGGCUUGAUGAUACCACUCCUUGUCUUAAUUAUGGUCUCAGAGGCAUCAUUAAGGCCACAGUGGAAAUCAAGUCGGCCUUCCCUGACUUGCACUCUGGUGUUCACGGUGGUGUGUUCCGUGAGCCCACCAUUGACUUGGUUAACUUGUUAUCUAAACUCUCUACUGAUCAAGGCCGCAUUCUACUCCCUGCCUUCCACGAUUCUGUUCGGCCACUCGAUGAUGCUGAACGUAAACUCUAUGCUGACAUUUUGGCCCGCCCAGAACUUAUUAAUAACCUCACGCGUGAAGAAUGCCCACAGAAACAACAAUCCUUAGACGAAGCUGACGAAAAGGCAUUGGCCGAAGAAUCAAUUAAACAACUCAUGUCCCGUUGGAGAUACCCCUCGCUGACCAUCCAUCGCAUUAAUGUCAGCGGGCCUGGUAAUUCCACUUUGAUUCCUGCACGUGCAUCUGCCUCCAUCUCACUCCGCAUUGUCCCAGACCAGGAUAUUAGUGUUAUCAAGGCAUCAUUAUUGUCGUACCUAAGGGGUGAAUUUGCCAAGUUUGGAUCUUGCAAUGAAUUGGCAGUCAAUAUUUUCCAUGAGGCUGAGCCGUGGGUCGGCGACCCAUCUAACCGUGCAUUCCGGGUACUCGGAAAUGCCUUGGAACGUGAGUGGGGACAACCUCCCAUUUAUAUCCGUGAGGGAGGAUCUAUUCCAGCAGUGAGAUUUUUGGAAAAAGAAUUUGAUGCUCCUGCAGCCCAACUUCCCUGUGGCCAGGCCUCUGAUGGUGCACAUAUGAAUAACGAGCGGUUGCGGGUUAUGAAUUUUCUUAAAACUAGAAAUGUGUUGCAACAUACGUUUAAGGAAUUGAGAUGA